AUGUCUGACACUCUCCCUGAAAUGCAAUACCGGUUCCUCGGCCGGACCGGAUUGAAGGUUUCCGUGAUCUCACUCGGAAGCUGGCUCACAUACGGUGGACACGUCGGCAAUGGUGAGUCAAACGGCAUGGCGGCAUUGAUCAACACUGACCAACCCACAGAGACGGCCCUGGAAUGCAUGAAGGUUGCAUACGAUGCCGGUGUCAACUUCUUCGACACAGCCGAAGUAUACUCCGGCGGCCAGUCGGAGAUUGUACUCGGAGAAGCUAUCAAAAAGUUCGGCUGGAAACAAAAUGACCUGGUCAUCUCCACCAAGAUCUACUGGGGCAAGGCCAACAGCGCCAACCCGAACAAACCACUCAACAACAAUGGACUCUCCCGCAAGCACAUCAUCGAAGGCAUGAACCUUUCUCUCCAACGCCUGGACCUGCCAUACGUGGACAUUGUCUACGCCCACCGACCAGACCGCGACACCCCAAUGGAAGAGAUCGUCCGCGGCUUCAACUACCUCCUAGACCACGGCAAGGCCUUCUACUGGGGAACCUCCGAGUGGUCCGCAAGCGAGAUCUCCGACGCCUGGCGCAUCGCCGACAAGCUAGGCUUGGUGGGCCCUGUCGUCGAACAGCCCCAGUACAACCUUCUCGUGCGCGAGCGAGUCGAGCGUGAAUACCGCUGGCUCUAUGACGCCCACGGGCUCGGCCUGACCGUCUUCUCCCCGUUGAAGGGUGGCGUGCUGACGGGCAAGUAUAAUGAUGCUUCUGCUCCGCCUUCCGGCUCGAGACUGGCAGAGUCAAAUGAUGGGUAUGUGCAGAAUCUGCGCAAGACUGUUGGCGACGAUACGUGGCAGAGACAGUUGGAUCAGGUUGCGGCUUUGAAGCCGGUUGCUGAGGAGUUGGGGGUUCCUACUGCGCAGUUGGCUCUUGCGUGGAUUUUGAAGAACCCGAAUAUCUCGUCUAUGAUUACUGGUGCUUCGCGGCCGCAACAGGUUUUGGAUAACAUCCGCGCUUUGGAACUCGUGGACAAGUUGACGGAUGAGGUUAUUGAGAAGAUUGAGGCUGCUGUUGGAAACCAGCCUGCUGUUGAGAAUAGACGGUUUUAG